AUGUCUUUUACCCCACUUGUCCCAGAUAUUACCAAACGAGUGCUCGGUUUGGACGAUGAGACGGUGGCAAGAAUCAGAAAGAACCUCGAUCCGGAGCCAGGGGACCCUCGUGGAUUUUUGGCCGGUGUCCACUAUGUCGUUUACAGCGCCUUAGGUCCUGGAUGGUAUCUGAAUUCUCUGAGCUGCGAAGCAGGCCAGGAAUUGUGUUUCCAGCUUACUGAGUUUGCCGCAUCUUUCGACAAGUUAAGCCAGACAGAACGAGAGUUGGAUCUCUUGCAAUGGGCCCGCCAUUUAGUGACCGUGGGAUCGGCGAGAUAUCUUUAUGGCCCGCGAAACCCCAUAGCUGAAGAUCAGGGGCUGGAAGCCGCCUUUUGGGCUUUUGAUCAAGGCCUCGGCGGUCUAUUGAUGGGUGUCCUCCCUUCCCUGACGGCUUCGGAAGCCUAUCAGGGCAGGGAACGGCUGGUUACCGCCUUCAUGAAAUAUUUUGAAGCUGGUCAUAUAAAGGACGGGGCUCAGAUCUCAAGGGACCGCGUGCGGCUCGAAGAACAAUAUGGCAUGAACAAGCAAAUGAUUGCACGUUCUGCGCUGUCAUUUAUCUUCGCUAGCAUUGUUAACACCACAACCGCGACUUUCUGGAUGGUUCUUCGCCUUUUUGCGAACAAAAAGUUGCUCAGCAUUGCUCGGCGGGAAGUGGCAGAAGCACUGAACGCAAGCACAGAACGAGAGGGCUCCAAGAGAUUGAGUAUCGGGAUAUGA